GACAGCAAGGACGCUCGUGGGACCCCAGGCUAAACCCCGCUGUAGCCUUAAAUCUCCUACCAUGGGGGAAGAAGGCGGCGGCCGCAGCUGUGGGACCACUAGGGAGCUGCAGAAGCUGAAGCAGCAGGCGAUGGAGUACUACCGGGAGAACGACGUUCCGCGCAGGCUGGAAGAGCUGCUCAACUCCACCUUCUACCUCCAGCCUGCCGACGUCUACGGGCACCUGGCAAACUGCUUUUCUAAACUUGCAAAGCCUCCCACCAUAUGCAAAAUAGUGGGGAAAGAAGUACUGGAUGGACUGGGGCUUCCAACCCUGCAAGUGGACAUAUUCUGUACCAUCCAAAACUUUCCCAAGAACAUAUGUUCUGUGGUGAUCUCGACUCAUUUUGAAGUCCAUGAGAACGCUCUGCCCGAGCUGGCCGAGGCGGAGGAGGCAGAGAGGGCCAGUGCAGUCAGCACCGCCGUGCAGUGGGUCAAUGGCACCAUCACGCACGAGCUCCAGGGGAUGGCACCCUCUGACCAGGCAGAGGUGGAUCACCUACUCAGGAUAUUCUUUGCAAGUAAAGUACAAGAAGAUAAGGAGAGAAAAGAAUUGGAAAAGAGCCUGGAAUACUCAACAGUACCUUCACCUCUACCUCCAGUACCACCGCCACCACCCCCUCCACCUCCUACCAAAAAAAAAGGGCAAAAGCCAGCGAGAAAGGAUACUAUUACAGAGAAACCUAUUGCGCCUGCAGAGCCUGUUGAGCCUAUACUCAGUGGCAGUAUGGCCAUAGGGGCCGUGUCACUAGCUGUUGCCAAAGCCUGUGCCAUGCUGCUUAAUAAACCUCUGUACUUAAGUAUCGCUCUACUGAAGCACAAUCAGGAACAGCCAACAACGCUAUCUAUGCCUUUGCUGAUGGUAUCGCUGGUCAGCUGUGGGAAGUCAUCAUCUGGGAAGCUAAAUUUAAUGAAAGAAGUGAUUUGUAUACCCCAUCCUGAAUUAACAACCAAACAAGGUGUCGAGAUGCUUAUGGAAAUUCAGAAACAUAUCAACAAAAUAAUUGAAAUGCCCUCUCCUCCAAAAGCAGAGACAAAAAAAGGGCAUGAUGGAAGCAAAAGAGGUCAACAGCAGAUCACCGGCAAGAUGUCCCAUCUUGGCUGUUUAACCAUUAACUGUGACUCCAUAGAACAGCCACUGCUUCUAAUACAGGAAGUCUGUGCAAACCUGGGGCUAGAACUGGGAACAAAUCUGCAUCUAGCUAUCAACUGUGCUGGACAUGAGCUGAUGGACUACAAUAAAGGAAAGUAUGAAGUGAUCAUGGGCACAUACAAAAAUGCAGCGGAGAUGGUUGACCUGUAUGUGGAUCUGAUCAACAAGUACCCUUCAAUUAUUGCCUUAAUUGAUCCUUUCAGGAAGGAGGACUCUGAACAAUGGGACAGCAUCUGUCACGCACUUGGUUCCAGGUGUUACAUAAUUGCAGGAACUGCUUCCAAAAGCAUUUCUAAACUUCUAGAGCAAGGAAACAUCAGCAUCCCCAAAUCCAAUGGGCUGAUCAUAAAACACACAAACCAAACUACAAUGUCUGACUUGGUGGAAAUAACCAAUCUGAUUGACAGUAAGAAGCACAUCACUGUCUUUGGAAGUACAGAAGGAGAAUCAUCUGAUGACAGCCUUGUCGAUUUGGCUGUUGGGCUUGGUGUCCGGUUUAUCAAGUUGGGGGGUCUUUCCCGUGGUGAACGAGUGACUAAAUACAACCGCCUUCUCACUAUAGAGGAAGAACUUGUCCAGAAUCGAACACUGGGUUUCAAAGAAGAACACACUUUUUUUUACUUUAACGAGGAAGCUGAAAAGGCUGCGGAGGCACUUGAGGCUGCUGCAGCUAGGGAGCCGCUGGUGCCCACCUUCCCCACACAGGGUGUAGAGGAAUCAGCCGAAACAGGAGCAUCCUCUGGAUAGGGCUGUACAUACCCCAGGUUCCAGCCACACCAUCAGUAUUAGUAGACUGGGAGGUCUGAAGUACAGCGCCAUGUCUCCACAUCGAGUUUCCUCUUCAACUUCACCAACUCUUGUGGUUUUUAUUCUUCUAAUUCCACUGUUUGGUAAAUUACAUAUAUGAUGUUUUUGCCUUAAAUUCUAUCUGUGAACUUCGUUUUGCAGCCACCACACUUCCAUGCGGAUUUUGUCUAUUAGCUCUCCUGUCCAUUUUUCAGGGACACGCUCCAGUAAAAGAGGCCAAUAUUUUUGUUGCCAACUCCACACUCAGUCAAACACCCCAUCCUUUACCAAUCAGAGUAUCUCUGAGAACAAAAACCUAAUGACCCUAGAAGCUCUCUGUGCUGGGAACAGAUGUCCAUCUUCUGUGUUUAUUCUACAUGUCUGUGCUGAAAAGCACUGACACAUUUUUGUAGCCAACCUCACGUAGAAGUGUGAGAGUGUCACUAUUUUUUGUAACAGCCAGUUUCAUCUCACUUUCCUACCCUUGAUUCCUUUUUUCCUAAUUCCCUCUUCUUUUUAAAUUUUAGUUUUUCUUGUAUUAUUUUUAUCUUUAUGAGUCUUCUUAGAUCCUUUUUGGAGUAAGACUGAGUAUACAUGAAUAAGCAUAUCAGUAAAUGAAUAAAUAUUCUCAAGGUUAUUAAAUGCCCAGUUAUUUAUACUACAGCAUUUAAAAAGCAAUCUGCAGGUGAUAAAAAAUGAUGUGACAUAUCCGUUGUCUGAAUUGCCUCUUUUGUAAGCCAGUGUUGGGAUUAUAGCAGAGGAGUAGCAGAAAUAAACCUAUUCAGACACAAACAUAUAGAUAUAAUAAUAUCCAACCACUUUAUAUGAUUUAGGGUCUCUGUUAAAAGGAUUACCAUUUGCUUCUCCUGAAAAUUAUAUAAGUUGCUAUGUACUGACCUGUAGGGGAGUUGGCUAAGUUUAGACUUCUGGUAAAUUCUAUAAUUUUUACUAAGCACACCGAGGACCUCUCCUUUUAAAGAGUACUAACAAGGGACCUUAAUUUCCUCCUAACAGACCCAACUCCUUAUUCUCAAAGCUAUGAUUUGAAACUGGCCCAGGCGCAGACUCUCUCAGAGCACGGGGCAGGAGACUUGCUUGGUAUCACUCUAAGUUGGAAGAACUGUGUCACAGUUUGUGGCUGCUACUGCCUCUCCUGAUGCUUAGCAACAAACAACCGGUAGGAGAAACUGGAAGGAAAAUUCAUUUUAAAGGCAGAACAAACAUGACUCGGUGUUCACAUACCCUUUGAAAAAUACACACACACACAUACACACACACACAUCAUGAGAAUAUGCCCUGGAACAGUGAUACAAAUUAUAAUUAAAUUACUAAAACCAAAGCAAAAAUGUACAACAAAUAACAAAAUAACUAAAUUAAAUUAACCAAAGAGGUGAUUUAUUACCAUAACCAGGUCAGCAGUGUAACUUCAACACAGAGCAGUUUACUCACCUAUCCUCGAGACUGCGCUCACCAAUGGAUAAUUAGCGUUUUAAUUUAAAUUUCUUAGGGUGCUAGGCCCUCUUUCUAUUUAUACUUUCUCUCUCUGUGUUAUGUAACAUAUAAUAUGAAAUAUAUUUAUAUAACCGUAUAUAUAACAUCAUCUGUGAAAGAAAUGAAAGAAACGGUCAUAUCCCAAAUUAAAAAUGACUGUGGGAUAGGGAAAUGUUAGUGCUUGGAAGAGAAACUUCAAACCACUCCAGUCCUUAUGCAGGGACUGCUUGAUGAGUCCUCGAAAGUCAGUGAUAAUGACAGAUGGUUAUCCAUUCUCGACAACUUAUUGGUAUAUAACCUAAUGAUGUUCCACAACGAAUGUAACUAAACAUGUAGAGUAUGCAUUUAGAAAAAUAAUCCAGACUUUAAGGCUGUGAUACAGACUAUCAUUUACUGAACACACAACCAAAAACUGGUCUGGAAAGACAAUUAAAAAUAAUUGUUACCUGUACUACUCCAUUUCCAGCAGUUUACCAUUAACAAAGAAGGUGAGGAAGGAGCAAUUAUUGGUGAGUAGUUAGAGCCAAAGCAUCCAUCCUCUGUACUCAGGGCAAACUAGGCUGGGUGCUAAUAGCCCAGUUGAUGCCUGCCCGUCAGAACUUCCAUGGGACUGUUCAGCUGCUGAAACUGCUGUGGAUGAGGACUUUGAGACCAGCUCAGAUACAAAAGGCUGCAAGUGCUUUAAUUAAAAUCUUAUUCUUCCAGAAAAAAAAAGAGACAUUUUCUUUUUCUUAAAUAGCAAUGGCACAAAGUACCUCUACCUCUGUGCCUCACUCUGGCUAUAAAAUGCAUCAACAUUAGUUUUUUUAAAGAAAAAAAUCCUCUAUAGCGCACGAGACUUAAUUUAUCUUUCCCAAACAGAAGGAGGCAUAAAUAACUUUUAGAGAAAUCAAAAACAUAAAGAUGCUGUCUCUUCCAACUUAAAAUUGUGUAAGCAGGAUGUAUGUAAGUUUUGUGUGUGCAAUAGCUAUGAACAUACCUUGCGAAUAUAAGCAUAGUUCUCCUAUGUCUUCCUAUUUGGGAUCCCUUGCUUGGUUGAAAUUGUCACCCCAGCUAGGGGCAAAACCCCCUCAAAACCGAAGUGAAAAGGGAAAAACUGUAGGCAGAAAAAGGUGAGUGAAUAUCUUCCAUCAAAUACCUUUAUGUCAAAUUAAUUUAAAAUGCUUUGUAAUCACAGUGAGAGAAAGUAAGCAGCUUAAAAAAGGCAGGAACACUUUCAAAAUACCUAUUACUAAUUGUUCCCUAGUCCAGCUAACACAUUUCACCCAAAGGGCAACUUCUUACCCUAGAAAGGAGGGUAUUUUGAUAACCAUAUUAUUCUGUUGAUGGUGUGAUGAAAUAUGGAAAGACAGUGUACAUAUUUUUAUAUUCCUAAAUGUGUGUGAGUUGCAUGCCGGCAGACAGAUCACAGAUGCAAGAAGGAAAACAGCACAAAGAAACAUGAAAGAAAACUCAAUAAACCAUCUUAGGGACUAUUAAAAAUUACUAAAGUUGUCAAAUCGUAUACAGUUUUCUAUUAAAGAAUGUCAAGCUUGGGGAACUAAACCAGAAACGUUAAUAAUAACCACAACUGACCCUUAAUGGGAAACUAUUGGUGCCUUUUUAAUAAGUUGUGGUGAGAAGAGUUCAAAUUACAGCAUAACAGAAUUCGUUUCGUGAAUUAAUGCAGUCUGUAGUAAGCAUAUCAUAUAGCAGUAUUAUCCAGUUAAGGAA